AUGCAAAAACAUUUCACCUCUCUUCUCGCUCUUGCUAGCGCUGCAUCGGCACUUGCCCUCUCAGCCCCAGAUUUUGUUGCGGCAGCAGACCCAUCAGUGAGGACCCCGGUUUCCAUAACUCCUCAUCAGCAAUUCUCCAGCUCAAUCGGCGUUCUUGGUUGCAUGAUCAACACUAACCGUGUUGCGUACUGGCCCACUUUCCCGGAUUGUGGCGCCAGCAUAUGCUUGCAGGUAUCGUAUGCUGGCCGCUCCGUCAACUUGCUUCAUAUCGACCAGUCAGGUGGCGCACAUGAUAUCUCUUAUGAUGCUUGGAAAUUAUCUCUAUGCUGGACAAUCUGCUACAAAGAAACCUGA